AUGUCUUAUGAAGAGGAAGUUUCAACACUUUUUACAAAGGAUUUAGAUACUACGAGGGAAAGCGAAAUUAUAUCAAGUGAAAAUAUUCGUGAAAUCAUUAAUGAGAACAAAGCAUUGCGGAAUACUGUGUCACUGCUCCUGCUGAAUACAAGUCUUAGAUUGGCAAAGUUAAUGGGAGAGUUUACGAUAAAGAUGGACAGUGUGAAUGAGAAAUUUCAAUUUAAUGAUGGAGAUAAAACUAGAAUCCAGUCUUCACAUGAAACCUCCCACAGAACCGCUUCAGCCGCUAGAUCACCCUACGAAUAUUAUGGUGAUCAGCAACAAAACUCUUUUUCAGGUUUUCAAGAAAGGAGACCCCUGCCGGAAUUCAGAAGUGAAAGAAACAGAAGUCCCAUAUCGGAAUUCAGAGCUGAGAGCAACAGAAGUCCAUUACAGGAAUUCAGGGUUGAGAGCUACAGCAGUCCCAUGUCAGAAUUUAUAACUGAAAGAAACAGAAGUCCCGUACCAGAAUCCAGAGCUGAGAGCAAAACAAGUCCCGUAUCGGACUUUAGAACUAAAAGAAACAAAAGUCCCGUGCCGGAAUUCAGACCUCAGAGCAAUAGAAGCCCGUUACCGGAAUUCGGAACUGAGAGCAACAGAAGUCCUGUGCUAAAAUUCAGAAGUGAGAGCAACAGAAGUCCCGUCCCGGACUUUAGAACUGAAAGAAACAGAAGUCCAGUUCCGGGAGGUGAGCACAACAGAAAUCCAUUACCGGAAUUCAGAGCUGAGAGUAACAGAAGUCCCAUGUCGGACUUUAGAACUGAAAGCAAUGAAAGUCCUGUGUCGGAUUCUCGAACUAACAGAAACAGUAGCCCUAUGUCCGAGCACAGAAGUGAAAGAAACAGAAGUCCAUUACCGGAAUUCAAAGUUGAAAGCAACAGAAGUCCCGUGCCGGAAUUCGGAGCUGAAAGCAACAGAAGUCCAGUAUCGGAAUUUAGAGUUGAGAGCAAAAGAAGUCCUUUACUGGAAAUUGGAGUUGAAGGAAAUAGAAGUCCCGUGCUGGAAUUCGGAGCUGAGAGCAGCAAAAGCGCCGCGUCGGAUUUCAGAAUUGAAAGAAACAGAAGUCCCGUGCUCGAGCACAGAAGUAAAAGAAACAGAAGUCCCUUUCCAGAAUAUAGAGCAGGGCGCAACAGAAGUCCAGCACCGGAAUAUAGAGCAGAGCGCAACAGAAGUCCAGUGCCAGAAUAUAGAGUGGGGCGCAACAGAAGUCCAGUUCCGGAAUUCAGACCAGAUAGCUACAGAAGUCCCGUGCCAGAAUUCACGGCUGAGCCCAACAGAAGUCCAUUACCGGAAUUCAGUGCUAUGAGCAACAGAAGUCCAUUACCAGAAUUCAAAGUUGAAAGCAACAGAAGCCCCAUACCCGAGCACAGAAGUGAAAGAAGAAGUCCCGUGUCGGAUUUUAGAACUAAAAGAAACAAAAGUCCCGUGCCGCAAUUCAGAGCGGAAAGCAACAUAAGUCCAGUAUCGGAAUAUAGAGUAGGGCACAACAGAAGUCCAUUACCGGAAUUCAGAGCUGAGAGUAACAGAAGUUCCAUGUCGGACUUUAGAACUGAAAGCAACGAAAGUCCCGUGCUGGAAUUUAGAACGAAAAGCAACAAAAGUCCAGUACCGGAAUAUAGAGCAGAGGGCAACAGAAGUCCAGAACCGGAAUAUAGAGCAGCGCGCAACAGAAGUCCAUUAUCAGAAUAUAGAGCUGAGAGCAACAGAAGUCCAGUACCGGAAUAUAGAGCAGAGAGCAACAGAAGUCCAGUAUCGGAAUAUAGAGCAGAGAGCAACAGAAGUCCAGUAUCGGAAUAUAGAGCAGAGAGCAACAGAAGUCCAGUAUCAGAAUAUAGAGCAGAGAGCAACAGAAGUCCAGUAUCAGAAUAUAGAGCAGGGCACAACAGAAGUCCAGUAUCAGAAUAUAGAGCAGAGAGCAACCGAAGUCCAGUACCAGAAUAUAGAGCAGAGGGCAACAGAAGUCCAGUAUCAGAAUAUAGAGCAGAGGGCAACAGAAGUCCAGUAACAGAAUAUAGAGCAGAGGACAACAUAAGUUCAGUAUCAGAAUUUAGAGCAGAGGGCAAUAGAAGUCCAGUAUCAGAAUAUAGAGCAGAGGGCAACAGAAGUCCAGUACCAGAAUAUAGAGCAGAGGGCAACAGAAGUCCAGCACCAGAAUAUAGAGCAGAAAGCAACAGAAGUCCAGCAUCGGGAUAUAGAGCAGAGAGCAACAGAAGUCCAGUAUCAGAAUAUAGAGCAGAGGGCAACAGAAGUCCAGUAUCAGAAUAUAGAGCAAAGAGCAACAGAAGUCCAGUAUCAGAAUAUAGAGCAGAGGGCAACAGAAGUCCAGUAUCAGAAUAUAGAGUAGAGAGCAACAGGAGUCCAGUAUCAGUAUCAGAAUAUAGAGCAGAGAGCAACCGAAGUCCAGUAUCAGAAUAUAGAGCAGAGGGCAACAGAAGUCCAGUAUCAGAAUAUAGAGCAAAGAGCAACAGAAGUCCAGUAUCAGAAUAUAGAGCAGAGGGCAACAGAAGUCCAGUAUCAGAAUAUAGAGUAGAGAGCAACAGAAGUCCACUAUCAGAAUAUAGAGUAGAGAGCAACAGAAGUCCAGUAUCAGAAUAUAGAGCAGAGAGCAACCGAAGUCCAGUAUCAGAAUAUAGAGCAGGGCGCAACAGAAGUCCAGUACCAGAAUAUAGAGCAGAGGGCAACAGAAGUCCAGUAUCAGAAUAUAGAGCAAAGAGCAACAGAAGUCCAGUAUCAGAAUAUAGAGCAGAGGGCAACAGAAGUCCAGUAUCAGAAUAUAGAGUAGAGAGCAACAGAAGUCCAGUAUCAGUAUCAGAAUAUAGAGCAGAGGGCAACAGAAGUCCAGUAUCAGAAUAUAGAGCAGGUCGCAACAGAAGUCCAGUAUCAGAAUAUAGAGCAGAGAGCAACCGAAGUCCAGUAUCAGAAUAUAGAGCAGAGGGCAACAGAAGUCCAGUAUCAGAAUAUAGAGUAGAGAGCAACAGAAGUCCAGUAUCAGUAUCAGAAUAUAGAGCAGAGGGCAACAGAAGUCCAGUAUCAGAAUAUAGAGCAGGGCGCAACAGAAGUCCACUAUCAGAAUAUAGAGCAGAGAGCAACCGAAGUCCAGUAUCAGAAUAUAGAGCAGAGGGCAACAGAAGUCCAGUAUCAGAAUAUAGAGCAGAGGGCAACAGAAGUCCAGUAUCAGAAUAUAGAGCAAAGAGCAACAGAAGUCCAGUAUCAGAAUAUAGAGCAGAGGGCAACAGAAGUCCAGUAUCAGAAUAUAGAGUAGAGAGCAACAGAAGUCCACUAUCAGAAUAUAGAGUAGAGAGCAACCGAAGUCCAGUAUCAGAAUAUAGAGCAGAGGGCAACAGAAGUCCAGUAUCAGAAUAUAGAGCAGAGGGCAACAGAAGUCCAGUAUCAGAAUAUAGAGCAAAGAGCAACAGAAGUCCAGUAUCAGAAUAUAGAGCAGAGGGCAACAGAAGUCCAGUAUCAGAAUAUAGAGUAGAGAGCAACAGAAGUCCACUAUCAGAAUAUAGAGUAGAGAGCAACAGAAGUCCAGUAUCAGAAUAUAGAGCAGAGAGCAACAGAAAUCCAGUAUCAGAAUAUAGAGCAGGUCGCAACAGAAGUCCAGUACCAGAAUAUAGAGCAGAGGGCAACAGAAGUCCAGUAUCAGAAUAUAGAGCAGAGGGCAAAAGAAGUCCAGUAACAGAAUAUAGAGCAGAGGGCAACAGAAGUCCAGUAUCAGAAUAUAGAGCAGAGGGCAACAGAAGUCCAGUAUCAGAAUAUAGAGCAGAGGGCAACAGAAGUCCAGCACCAGAAUAUAGAGUAGAGAGCAACAGAAGUCCAGUAUCAGAAUAUAGAGCAGAGUGCAACAGAAGUCCAGUACCAGAAUAUAGAGCAGAGGGCAACAGAAGUCCAGUAUCAGAAUAUAGAGCAGAGGGCAACAGAGGUCCAGUAACAGAAUAUAGAGCAGAGGGCAACAGAAGUCCAGUACCAGAAUAUAGAGUAGAGUGCAACAGAAGUCCAGUACCAGAAUAUAGAGCAGAGAGCAAUAGAAGUCCAGUACUGGAAUAUAGAGCAGCGGGCAACAGAAGUCCAGUAUCAGAAUAUAGAGCAGAGGGCAACAGAAGUCCAGCACCAGAAUAUAGAGUAGAGAGCAACAGAAGUCCAGUAUCAGAAUAUAGAGCAGAGAGCAACAGAAGUCCAGUAUCAGAAUAUAGAGCAGAGAGCAACAGAAGUCCAGUACCAGAAUAUAGAGCAGAGGGCAACAGAAGUCCAGUAUCAGAAUAUAGAGCAGAGGGCAACAGAAGUCCAGUAUCAGAAUAUAAAGCAGAGGGCAACAGAAGUCCAGUACCGGAAUACAGAGCAGAGGGCAACAGAAGUCCAGUACCGGAAUACAGAGCAGAGGGCAACAGAAGUCCAGUAUCAGAAUAUAGAGCAGAGGGCAACAGAAGUCCAGUAUCAGAAUAUAGAGCAGAGAGCAACAGAAGUCCAGUACCGGAAUACAGAGCAGAGGGCAACAGAAGUCCAGUAUCAGAAUAUAGAGCAGGGCGCAACAGAAGUCCAGUACCGGAAUAUAGAGCAGAGGGCAAUAGAAGUCCAGUACCAGAAUAUAGAGUAGAGAGCAACAGAAGUCCAGUAUCAGAAUAUAGAGCAGAGGGCAGCAGAAAUCCAGUACCGGAAUAUAGAGCAGAUGGCAACAGAAGCCCCGUGGCCGAAUUCAGAGCUGAAAGCAACAGAAAUCCCGUGCCCAAGCACAGAAGUGAAAGAAGAAGUCCUGUUCCGGAAUUCAGAACUGAGCGCAACAGAAGUCCAUUACCGGGAUUCAUAGCUGCGAGCAACAGAAAUCUAGGACCGGAAUUCAUAACUGAAAGAAGCAAAAGCCCCGUGUCCGAGCACAGGAGUGAUAGAAACAGAAGCCCCUUCUCGGAACACGGAGCUAUUGCAGAGACAAGAAUUUCUUCUGAAUCUACACGAGAAAUUAUUCAACGAACAGGUGCUGAGCUAAAAGACGAAUGGGAGAGCUUAAGUCUGAAGACCUCCGGAAAUUAUCACAGAAAGGUGAAGGUUAACUCUGAUGCGGUAGUUCCACAGCGAGAUAUUUCUCGAGGGAGGAGCGACGCGGAUUCGAAAUCAUACACUGGAGUCAGUUCAGGGCGAGAUGUAGUUGGUGACCCUGUGGCUACUUCAACACCGAAAAUCCGCGGACAUGUGUGGGAACCGUUGGCCACGUCGACCCCAAAACCCCAAGAUGACAGAUUAGUAGCUGUUAUCAUGAAUAAAGCUACCAUGGUAAAAGAGAAGGGAAGACUUGUUGGAGAAAUCGCCUUUCAGAUGGACAGAAGAAUCCUGGAAUAUAUUUUCACUGGGUAUGCAACCGAUAAAAAUCCAAAGAAGAGGCGUUAUUACGGGUUUAACAUAGGAAAUAUUGGCGCCAUGAUCCAAAAAGAAGCUGUUUUAUUGGAUGGUUCACGAGAUCAUCGGAGAGAGUUAAAAAUGCGCAAACGAUUUGAUCACGUGGUCCAGACUUUAGCCAAGCUAGGAUAUCACCUAGAUAAGCUCGGGGAGUUUUCACAAAAUAUGGUCAAUAAAUACGGUCUUCUUCGUGAUCCACCAAGUAGGAAAAUGGUCAGGAAGCUGGGAUUAAAUGAUCCAAUGGUUUUAAGAGAGGUGUUUUCUCAAUUGAUACAAGACGAGAAAGAACUUCGUAACGUCUUGCUGCUACUUGACUGUCUGUGUUUGUUGGCGUAUGAAGACGGGCGGCCUCUCCUAUUGUGGUAAUUGAUGUUUUGCCAGUAGUAAAAAAAUUGUAUUAUU